CCCUCCGCCCCUGCGUCUCGGGCCUUUCUAUUCUCUCCAGCUCUAGGGCCGGGCCAGGCCUCCUAGGCCGCUCUCUCCCCCACCCAUGGAGGGCCCAGGACUGGUGGUGCGCGGCGAGGCUGCGCCCUUUUCCACAGCACUCCGAAGCCUCGUCAACAACCCCCGGUACAGUGAUGUUCGCUUUGUGGUCGGUCAAGAACGGCAGGAGGUAUUUGCCCACCGGUGCUUGUUGGCCUGUAGAUGCAGCUUCUUCCAGCGACUUCUGGGCUCAGAGCCGGGCCCCAGGGUGCCAAGUCCCGUGGUGCUAAGCACUGUGCCAGCUGAGGCCUUCCUGGCAGUGCUGGAGUUCCUGUACACCAACAGUGUUGAGCUGCACCGCCACUCUGUGCUGGAGGUGCUGACGGCAGCUGUGGAGUAUGGGCUGGAGGAACUGCGAGAGCUGUGCCUGGAGUUUGUGGUGAAGGUGCUGGAUGUGGAGUUGGUUUGUGAGGCCCUGCAGGUGGCUGUAACCUUUGGCCUGGGGCCGCUGCAGGAGUGUUGCAUAGCCUUCAUAGAGGCCCACAGCCAGGAGGCGCUCCGGACCAGAGGUUUUCUGGAACUGUCGGCGCCCGCGCUGCUGCCCCUGCUGCGCAGCGACAAGCUCUGCGUGGACGAGGCUGAGCUGGUCCGGGCGGCCCGGAGCUGGGCGCGAGUGGGCGCGGCGGUGCUGGAGCGGCCUGUGGCCCAGGUGGCGGCCCCGGUGGUGAGAGAGCUGAGACUGGCCUUGUUGGCUCCAGCAGAGCUGAGCGCCCUGGAAGAGCAGAACCGGAGGGAGCCGUUCAUCCCGGUGGAGCAGAUCGUGGAGGCGUGGAAGUGUCACGCCCUUCAGAGAGGGCAUGAGGCUCGGGGCGCUCCUUGUCGCCGUCGGAGAGGCACCCUGCCCCGGGAGCAUCACCGCUUUCUGGACCUGCCCUUCAAAUGACUCAACGCCAGGAUUUCGAAGACUCCUGAGCCUGCCCUAAACUACACCUCCCGACGUGCUCGGCGCUCGGAGCAAGCUUCUGCUCCCGGCAUGCCCCGCGAGCGGGGCGCCGGAAGGACUCUUCUCUGCCAUGCGCAGCGCUCUGUGCGUGGGUUAUAGGGCGGGGUCGAAAUUCGAAAUCAAGGUGUUUUUAGCUGCACGCCUUCACCGUGCGCGCUGACGCUGGACAUUUUCGUUCACCGGUCUACUCUGAUGACUCUCACAUAUCUAUUCAGCUCAGCUCCCUCUUUAAUUCCGGACCUGUCUCCUGGAGGUCACUCCUUGAGUGCCCCGCAAACACCCCAGUUUCAAUGCAAAAUUGAGCUUCCCUUCUUUUACCCAGCUGUGCCACCAUCGUGUUUCUCAUUUCCGAGGUUGCCCACGCCAGAAACCUGGAUUGCAUCCUUAUCUCUCUUCCUCACACUUGUCUCAAGUGUGAGGUCGCCCUACCCUCUAAGAGACCUCUCUCUAGUUGGUUUAAUUUUCCAAGCCACGGGUUCAGCCUAUCCUGACAUGUCUUGUUAGUCUUUCCGCCUUCACUCCAUCGCACCCUCAGUCCAUUUCCCACUCUUCAGCCCCACCUGAGAUCUCUGUCCUACUUCCCUUAUUAAUUCCCCCAACAUCCCUGUUGUCCUCCAGGACAAAAUGCAAUCUAUUUCACUUUCAAGACAAUCAAAACUACUAGUGGUUCCUAAAUGCUAGCAACUCCUCUCAAACACUACCUUUACAUAGAUUCACUCAUCCCAGAGGUAUUAGUUCUCUAGCUCCAAAUUCACUCUCUUGGUUAUUGAAGACUCCUCUGCUCUCUCUAAUUCAUCUCAUACAUCUUGUCUUCCUGAGGACCUGAAUCUCUCUGCAGAAAGAUCCCUGGGGCCUAAAGAGGUGCCUUAUUCAUUUCUGCUUCCUCAGUCCCUGUCACAUAAUGAAUGCUCUGUAAA